CAUAGCUCGAGGGUCUCGCUGCAAGUUUUACUUCUUUGCAAGCACGUCUUUGCGACUUUCCAACUGCUGCCUUUUACUCAUCCGAGGUAACGAGGGCCAGCUUCGGCUAGGAGGAAAACGGUAGAGGACCACGGACGGUCCCAACGUUGUGCACCAUGAAGCAGCGGUUUUCGUCCCUAGACGUCAAGGUCAUUGCCCAUGAGCUCUCUGAGAGCUUGACCUCGCUCCGUGUGUCAAACAUCUACGACUUGUCCUCAAAGAUCCUCCUCUUCAAGUUUGCCAAGCCCGACGACAAGAAGCAGAUGCUCAUCGACUCCGGCUUCCGAUGCCACCUGACAGACUUUACUCGAACUACAUCAGCAUUUCCCUCGCCUUUUGUGCAGAAGCUACGCAAAGUCCUGAAGACGCGGCGCGUGUCGGCCAUUAGUCAGAUUGGCACAGAUCGUAUCAUCGAGUUCCAAUUCAGCGAUGGACAAUACCGCUUGUACCUCGAAUUCUUCGCCAGCGGCAAUAUCAUCCUCACGGAUAGUGAUCUCAAAAUCAUAACACUGCUGCGAAACGUCCCGGAAGGAGAAGGACAGGAGCCGCAGAGAGCAGGACUAAGCUAUUCGCUGGAGAACAGACAGAAUUAUGGCGGGGUGCCAGAUCUCACCAAGGAGCGCGUGCGCAAGGCGCUACAGAGUGCUGUCGAGAGAUCCACCGCAGCAGCAGCCGCUGGCAAGAAAAUCAAGAGGAAGCCUGGCGACGAACUGCGCAAAGGCCUGGCGACAACUAUCCUAGAGCUGCCUCCCAUCCUUGUCGAUCAUGCGAUGAGGGUGACCGGCUUUGACUCGACGAUACCACCAGCUAGCGUGUUGGAAGAUGAUGGCGUUCUCGAUAAGCUGCUUGGCGCAUUGUCCGAAGCCCGCAAGAUCGUGGAUCAAGUCACGAGCUCUGCCACCUGCAAGGGCUAUAUCCUGGCCAAACAAGACCCCAAAGCCAAGGAUAGCGUAAUUCAUCAGGAGGGCGAAGACGAACAGAAACGGCCUCGUGGAUUACUAUACGAAGACUUCCAUCCAUUCCUUCCACGCCAAUUCGAGGAUGACCCGGUAUAUACAGUGUUGCCGUUCGACAACUUCAACAAGCUCGUAGACGAGUUUUUCUCGUCUGUUGAAGGCCAGAAGCUUGAGUCAAGAUUGACUGAGCGUGAGGCUGCCGCUAAGCGCAAGCUGGACGCCGCCAGGGCGGACCAGAACAAACGCAUCGAGGGACUUGCACAAACGCAAACACUCAACCACCGAAAAGCUGAAGCUAUCGAAGCGAACGUGGAGCGUGUUCAAGAGGCUAUGGAUGCGGUCAAUGGCCUUAUAGACCAGGGCAUGGACUGGCAGGACAUCGGCAAGCUUGUCGACAGAGAGAAGCGGCGAGGUAAUCCGGUGGCCGCCAUCAUAAAGCUGCCCCUGAAGCUGGAGGAGAACACAAUCACACUUGUUCUUGGGGAGGCGGAGGACGACGAAGAUGCGGACGCGUCAGAAACCGACUCUGAAGACUCGGAUGAGGAGUCCACAGCCGCAGGCCCGACGACAUCGGCUUCUAAAGACGGUACAAAAGACCAGACACUUCUGGUUGAUAUCAACCUGGGCAUUUCCCCUUGGGGCAACGCUCGAGAGUACUACGAUGAAAAGAAGUCGGCAGCAGCGAAACAAGAGAAGACUACGAAACAAUCUGAGAUUGCCUUGAAGAGCGCGGAGCAGAAGAUUGCGGCCGAGCUGCGCAAAGGCUUGAAGCAGGAGAAGCCCGUGCUGCAGCCAAUUCGGAAGGAGCACUGGUUUGAAAAGUUCGACUGGUUCAUCUCUUCUGACGGGUACUUGGUGCUUGCUGGUGGAGAUGCCCAGCAGAAUGAGAUCCUGUACCGCCGUUACUUGAAAAAGGGCGAUGUCUACCUGCAUGCAGACCUGAACGGAGCGUCGAGUGUCAUUAUCAAGAACAAUCCGUCAACUCCUGAUGCACCCAUCCCGCCAUCGACCCUCUCGCAGGCCGGAACCAUGGCAGUUUGCACAUCUUCCGCGUGGGACUCGAAAGCGGGUAUGUCUGCCUACUGGGUCAACGCCGAGCAGGUCUCGAAGCAAGCACCAAGCGGUGAAUACUUGCCUCCUGGCAGCUUUACCAUCAAUGGGAAAAAGAACUUUCUACCGGCUGCCCAGCUUGUCCUUGGCUUCGCUCUGAUGUUCAAGGUCAGCGAGGAGAGCAAAGCGAAGCAUAACAAACACCGGCUCUACGACAUGCCAGGAGACCAGCCUAUAAUAUCUGCACAAGAAGCACAGCAGGGGGGAGGCGACGGGAACGAUACAGACAGUCACGCUUCAGCUCAUCAAUCCGAUGGCGAUGACGACGAGGACGACGAAGCUGACCGUGGCCAACAAAACCCACUGCAGAAUGGUGCCGAGAACCCGACUGAGGAUCAUGACGAGGACGACGCACAACUAGCUGAGGAAGCAACCAAACUGGACGUUGGUGAUAACGAGGGCUCGAGUCCAGCAACGGAAGAUGAUGCGACCGCUCAAGCUUCAGGAUCAGAUAAUGCCAAGGAGGCUGUGGACGAAGCUGAAGCUGAAGAUCUGACCCCUGGCGAAGCAGAUGCCAUGAGCACAAUCACCGGAGUUGAGGAUGUCACCCCAAGCACAAGUUCUGGCAAGCAUAACCCAGACCAAUCGUCUAAGAAGGCACAGCCCCCAAAGCGAGGACAGCGUGGCAAGGCCAAGAAGAAAGCCGCCAAGUACAAGGACCAGGAUGACGAAGAUCGCGCUGCUAUCGAGUCUCUUAUCGGCUCGGCAGCAGGCAAGGAGAAAAAGGACGCCGAAGCAAAAGCUCGCGCUGAGAAAGAAGCGCAACAGGCCGCCGCGCAAGAGCGUCGGCGGAAGAUGCUGCAGCGUCAGCAACAGGAGACAGCCAAACACGAGGCGAUCCGCGCUCAGAUGCUGCAGGACGGAUUUGACGUCCUUGAUGAGGGUGAGGUCGCCAAUUUGUCUCUGGUGGAUGCGCUUGUUGGCAUGCCCAUGACUGGUGACGAGAUUCUCGACGCGAUUCCUGUUUGCGGGCCAUAUGCUGCACUCGGCAAGCUCAAAUACAAAGUCAAGCUGCAGCCAGGACCCCAGAAGAAGGGCAAGGCUGUCAAGGAGAUUGUCGAGUUCUGGAGAACGGCAUCGACCAAGAAGGGAGUUGUGGACGAGAACAGCCAGGACAAGGAGAAGAUGUGGCCGCGCGAGGCCGAACUUAUCAAGGGGCUUAGACACGAGGAGAUGAUCAACGUAGUUCCGGUGGGCAAGGUCAGGGUAAUGCUCUCUGGAGGUGCGGGAGGCGGCGGAGGCGGUGGUGGUGGUGGUGACAAAGGAAAAGGAAAGGGCAAAGGCGGAGGCAAGAAGAGGUGAGCCGGAUGCCGGCCAGAUUUGGACAAGUGAAUAUAAGAGACAAUAUCAAGUUGUUGGCUUAAUGUUGGAAUGUCGAUAAUCUCAGGCA